UUUGAUCUCUUGUUUUUGUUCCCAUUUUGUUGAUUUGGUUUGUUGUUUGGAAUAUCACUCUUCUUUUUUGAAAAACAUCUUUUAGACCCAUGGGGUUGAUUGGACUGGGGUUGCUGGCUGUCAUCGGCCUUGUCGCUUCUUUGUUCAAUGGCGCUGACGCCGAGUACGUCCAACAGCGGCCCGGCUAUCACUUUACGCCCAAGGAGAACUGGCUGAACGACCCGAACGGCCCCAUGUAUCUGAAUGGACUGUACCACUUGUUCUAUCAGUGCAAUCCAAACAACCCGUGGUGGGGCGACAUGCAUUGGUGCCACGCCGUGUCGACCGACCUUCUUCAUUGGGAGCAUCUUCCGAUUGCGUUGUAUCCCGACCAAGACUACGAUGCAAACGGCGUGUUUUCCGGCAGCGCUACCAUUUUGGAUGGCGGAAUGCCCGUGCUCAUGUACACUGCAGUCGACAUGAAUAACUUCCAAACCCAGGCCGUGGCAUACCCAGCAAACAUCUCAGACCCCUUCUUGACCAACUGGACCAAGCCGGCGUCCAACCCGAUCAUUCCGGACAAUCUCUUUCCCGACACUAUCGACACACAAAACAUUCGAGAUGACACCACUGCUUGGCUGACGAACGGUGUGUGGUACACGCUGAUUGGCGCUCGCCUCGACUACCCCAACACGACCAAUGUGAACGUCUCGUACGGUGGAGCAGUGCUGCUCUCCUCGCCCGUGUAUGCGGGUCUCUCCAAGUGGACCUUUGAGCGAAUCUUCCAUACAAACAACUUUACUGGCGACAUGUGGGAGUGCCCAGACUUUUUCCCGAUCGACCGGACCAAUUCUUCGUCCUUGUGGAUGUUCAAGGCCUCCAUGCAAGGGUACGAUGCUUGGUGCACCUUCCACUACCAUCCAGCCAACCAGCACCAGCUCAGGCUGGCCAGCCCGGAUGUUGGCACGAGUCAGUAUCAGUCGCUCGAUAUUGGCUGGUCCCACUAUGCUUCCAAAUCGUUCUACGAUCCGACCAUUGGCAAGCAAGUCUUUUUCGGCUGGCUGCGCGAGGAGGACAACGACGCUCCAACCCGUGGCUGGGCCUCUGCGAAUACAUUGCCGCGCGUUGUCACACUUGAUACCGACGGCGUCUCGGUGCUGCUCAAUCCGCACCCGAAUUUGGUCUCGUUGCGCGAGGACAGCUUCAAUGCCACGCAAAUGCAGCUCAUCCCCGGCAACCCGACGCGUAUUCCCCUCAUCGGCGACCAGAUGGAGAUUCAGUUUAGCGUGCAGCUCCCCUACCCGCUGCCGACGCAAUGCCUGACGCGUGUUCACUCUCCCAAGGCUGUGCUGGCGCGGUACAACAUUUCGGUUGCAUCGGACGUCCUCAUCUACGGCGUGAAUCUGCGCACCUCGAAUGACAACGAAGAGUUCACUCCGCUGUACUUUGCCAUCGAUCCCUCCGCCCUGUCCAAGGAGGCAGUCCUUGCCGCAGAUCCCAGCACGCCAUACGUGGCAUCCUUUGGCUUCACCCGCACCAACAGCUCCCAGACCAAUCAGGGCUCGACCAGCUCCCUCCAGGGCGACUUUAAGGUGGAUCGCCCAACUGGCUCGCCGUCCACCAUCACGUUCAGCAUGCAAGUGUUUGUCGACCAUUCGAUCGUCGAGGCCUACCUGCAGGGCGGCAGACUCCGCGCAACCGGUCGCAUCUACCCGGUCCGCGCCGACUCGAUGUUUGUCGAAGUCUUCUCCGACCAGUCUGUCGACGGUGAAGUUGUCAGCAUCAGCGCCUGGCAAUUGCUUGAUUCGAUGCCUCCUCCGCCGAUUGAAUGAAGGGGAGGGUGGUGCAACGCAACGAUGGUCUGGAAAAAAAAAAAGUUGCAAUCCAAAAUUCUUUUGUGUUUUUGAACGCGAGAUAUCUGCAUGUCGCCUCAAACAAUAACAAUGUUAGUUUGGGUCA